CUACCUACACACAAACCCUAACCCUAGGCCUCGACAGCCAUGUCCAGCGGCAACAUUUACACCACCGUAAUAGAAGACGUGGUGGCCAAGGUCCGUAAGGACUUCAUCGCCGACGGGGCUGGCGACGCCGUCCUCAACGAGCUCCAGGCUCUCUGGGAGACGAAGUUGCUGCACUGUGGCGCAAUCUCAGGGAACACCGACCGCAAUAGGGCUCCCCCCGCCGGAGCGUCCGCUGGAGGCGCGACUCCACCGGUGCACGAUCUCAACGUGCCCUACGAGGCCACGUCCGAGGAGUACGCCACCCCAACCGCCGACAUGCUCUUCCCACCGACCCCGAUCCAGACACCACUUCCAGCUGGGAUUGAUACGGGGCCGUGGGACUAUGCCCCAUCGCAGAUCGGUGACAUGAGAAACGGGAUGGGGAUGACGAACGGGGCUGAUCGAGAGACUGGCCGCCCAAGCCCUUUCAUGCAACCUCCAUCGCCCUGGAUGAAUCAGAGACCACUGGGGCUUGAUGUGAACCUUGCCUUCGCUUAUGAGGACCUAGAAGACCGGUUGAUGCAACCCCAGCCACUGACAACUAAGGAUUUUCUGAUGGCUUCUUGUGGAAAACGGAAGAGGGAUGAAUAUCCUUCCGCUUCAUUUGUGCCACAACAGGAUGGAUGUGCAGACCAGGUUGCGGGUGGUGUUGAUGAUGAUGAACCUCCUCUUAAUGAAGAUGACGAUGACGACGAUGAUGACAUAGAUGAUGACUUUGAUGAGAAGCAGCACCUUGUCCUUGCACAAUUUGACAAGAUAACAAGGACAAAGAAUCGCUGGAAGUGCGCUUUGAAGGGUGGAAUCAUGCAUUUGAACGGCAGAGAUGUUCUAUUCAACAAGGCUUCGGGAGAGUUUGAUUUUUGAAUUUCAUUUCAUGGUAAUUAAAGAGGAUAUUUUAGGUGCCUGCCGUAUCUACUGUCUUUAACACAAGGAAGGGAAGGUGACAAAAGAAUACUGGAAUUGUGGCGAGUUUGGCACUAUGAACAUGUCUCGUGUUUUCCUGUUGAUUGAGGCUUGCUUGGCCCACUUGGUUUGUUGACCAUAACUCAUGUCACUGUCUUCAAGCUGGUGGGACGAUCUUAGCUCAUAAAGUGGUAGGUUUUUGUUGACCUAGCCCGUAAUGUGGUAGUUUUUUGCUAUAUACUCGGGUCGAGGUAGAAGUAGUCACGGUGAGAUGAGUCAGCGAUCUCAAAGAUGAAGACAAAGAGACACGCUCGUCCAGCCGGAGGACUCCUACGCCGAAGGACCAGCCGACCAAGACGUCACAAACACGUUGUUGCUGACCGCAUCGGCCUGUAGAUGGUCCAUGCUCACCUCCAGUCAUUGUCCUCUAGCUGGUCCAGUGACCCAGGUUGGCCCUUUGUGGAUCCGUCCCUGGUUUGUCUGAACAAGGACCGACUGAACUGAAGUCCUCCGAAAUUUGGGGCCGCCAUUUGGGGGUCAUGUUUGGUCACACGGGUUGCUUGUCCCUGGUUCUAGGCCUAAUUCAUCCUGAUGUCUGCUAUUCUGAAAACUCUUUGUCGUUUACUAGACAUACCAUGAACACUACCAUCACAUAGUUCCCUUCUGAUAU